AUGGACACCGAACGCAUGGAAGUGGUCGACGAAAAGACACUUUUGGACUUCUACCAACUGCGUACUCUGGAGCCGUCUGAGUACUCGACUGCGUCGCUUACCUCGAAUCCAAUUGUGCUGGAUGAGAAUGACAAUCUUGACGAGAUCACUAAAAAAAUCCCCAAGGAACAGCUCAACAAGUUCCUUACUGAUCAGCCUGACGAGCCGGCAGCAGAAAAACGACGUUCGGCCUACAAUAUGACCGAUCCACUAGGAUUUCAUGAAUCCAUCCUGGAUGAACUUAUUGACAAAGAUGUGAUUGAUGAUACAAGGGACCCUAAGAAGCUGAAGUUCCUGGUGGACUCAAAAUCGUUUAAUGCGCGCCUGUUUCUGACAACCAUACACAGAGAGAAGACGUACAAAGAGUUACAGAAGAGCGUCGAACAUUUGGAGAGAAGCCUCGAAGCCGAAAAACCUAGAUUGCAGCAACUCAUUGGAGAGAAUUUUCAAAAGGCCAUCGAUAAUAAAAAGCUGCUUGAUGAGGUCUACAGCGAAUACUCCAUGAGCAAUCUUUCUGCUAACAUAACCGCCCUGAGCGAGUCCAUAGCGAAAGCUAACACGUCGUCGACAAUGAUGCUGAAUCCCGUCUUUGACGGUAUGGAGAGAGCUUCUGAAAUCGAGAGCUUUUUGUCGCUGAUAUCCAGUAACAGCGUGCUUUUAGACCUUCCCAAAAAACUCACAAAAUUAGUGGCUACGGGAGACUUUGAUUCUAUUUCCAAUGAGUACAUGGCAGGAAAAAGAGUGUAUCUGAACUCAACCAAGAACGAUGAGAAAAAUAACCCUGUUCUAGACAGAAUAUGGGCUGAGGUGGAGGACAUCAUCUCAGAGUACAAAAAGCAGCUAUGGGAAAAAUUGGGAAAUGUGCACAUUGAGAAUAUUGGCUCAUUGAGUGCGCAGUCUGAAUCUUCCUUCGUUUCGAUAAUCAAGAAAUUAUUAGAACUUGGGGUCAGCGAGAACCCAAUUCCUUACUUUCUGAACCUAGAGUACAAUUAUAUCCAGGAAAGCAUUGACGGAGAUCUCGCUGGAGUUCAACUCUCGCGUUUUCUCAAAGCUCGUGAAAACCUUACUCGUGCUUACAAUAGUGAAGAUAGCUACGAAAUCUCCAUCGCUGCGUUAAAGCAUACGCACUACUUGAUUGCAGAGCAUGGAUCUGACGCCGACAUUGCAGACCCCCCUCUGGUUGCAAACCUCUGGGGCUUCUUAGGAGCCUAUGUGAGUGAGCUGACUGAAGAGAUAAUCACCAAUAGAUUCUACAAGUUUGCAACCAUGAUUGACUUUUUCACUCGCGACGAUCUUCAACAUGAAUUACCUAUUAAGAAUCCUCAUUCCCGCCAGCAUUUGAAGCUUGAAGAUUAUCAAAUAAAGAAGUUCGAAGAGUAUCUACAGGUGCUCACAGAAAAGCUGUGUAGCCAGCUCCGAUUUAUCUUCGAUGCUACCAGUGCAGAGCUCAGCACGAAAUCAACCCCUUCUGCAACGGUUGAGCGACCUUCGAAAGAUCUCGCGUCCUUGGAUUCGUAUGGAUUUAUCCCGCCUCAUUCAUCUGUUUUGACGACUCUUAAUAACUGUAUCGUAUUCCAACGAGAGUUCGAAGAGACCAUCGACAAGCUGAAAAAUAAGACUUCUCUCGAAUAUGGCAAGUUUGUGUCUACAUUGAGAACAAUCAACUGCAAUCUCGUCAACGGUGUCUUGUGUGUUCUGAUUAAAGAUACCAAGCGGCUGAAGCAUACAGAAGAUUGGACAGCGAGUAACACAUUUGAUGGUUGUACGAAAAGCGCUGAUUAUAUCAUGAACUUUUAUCAGAUAUUCAUCCCAAAGCUGCGCAGCCUGAUUUACGAACCUGAGUCGGAAUUAUUGGCUAAUGUUGAAAAGCAAUUUAUCACGUCUCUUGAUAUCAUCGUUGAUAAUCAGCUGGAAUGUAUCAUAGCCAACGCAGAUGGCGCCAAAGACCGAGAUUUCUACUACCCUGCUAUUCUCAGUAACUUGUCUUUGAUGAAGUUGCGUCUUCUGCCUCGAAUCUUAAAGAUUUUUGAUACCAACUUCGGUACCAAGUACUCCACAUCCAGUGUCGACGUCUACGGCAAGAUCGAGAAAUACGAAACCAGAAUUUAUGACGACUACAUGAGCACUUACAAAAAGGAGUUAGAGGAAACCAUUUUCAACGGAGUGAAGAGCGUCGAUUGGUUCCAGUUCUCCGCCAGGCAAAUUUUUGUUUCGAAAUUCAUUUUGCAGCCGAUUAACUUGAUAAUACUGGUGAAAUCAAGACUGCUUGGCCACAAUGCGAACAAAAACUAUAUUAUGAGAAUUGAGCUUGACCUGAUAAACUACUUUAUUUUCAAAUUGAUUGAGAGCCUCAAAAGUAUUCAACAAUUUAACUCGAGCGGUCUCCUUCAAAUCAGUGUUGACCUGCGCUUCCUAGUGGAGUUAUUUCAGCACCUAAACCAAUCUGGGAUCAAGGAGCAAAUUAAUUUGGACAAGCUAAUCAGCGUCUCUGAUAGAUUCUCCAGAAAAAACACAAAGUACGCAAACGAAAUCAACGAUAUUGUUACCUCGAAUCUGCAAUCUAAUCGGGCCCAGAUAGAUUGUUUCUAUAGAUUGUAA